AUGUCCAUGUCGCUUUCUCCUAUCGCUCGUACCGAAGUCCGCUCAAAGCUCGCACAAAUUCCAAUUAAACGACCGCGUCUCGAACGACAAGCGAAUGAGUCGUUGCUCGAAGAAAUACAGGCAGACUGCCUCGGGGAGCCUUGGACGAAGACGCCUUCGCAUCAACUCUCGGACGACCAACUACAGAUCGUCCUGCGUAUAAUCAUUGAAUCUGUCUCGAUACACCGCACCUGGACGGCUCCCUAUCAGGGCGAUAGCCACAAGCAGCUCUACGAGACAAUCUGCGGGAUGCCGAAAUCGACAGCUGCCUGCUCCCAUAUGCUUCGGGUCAUUCAGAGUCACGGGAGUGGUAAGUCGAGGAUGGUGGACGAGAUGGCGGAGCUCGUGUUUACUAUCCCUGUGAAUCUGCAGAACGACCGUUACGAUGAAAUCGGCCCCCAUUAUCCCCCGCCCGAUAAAUCGAUCCGCGACGUGCUCCUCCAGACCUUCGAGGAGCCGACUCGCCAGCAAAUACGAUAUCACACGUUCUUUGGUUCGCUCUUCGCUGCCACGAAGAGCGAAAUCGAUAGGAUAGUCGCAGAGAAGCCUGAGAUGACCUAUACCGAGCUAACGCAUCGGUGGAGGAUGUAUCUGCGGGCUGAGUGUGCCAGUGGACGUGAUGAGUUUUAUGAGAGAGUGGUGAGAGAUAUGAAGCUCGAAGAAGAAUCCCUGUCGCGUGAGGCAGUGGAAGAGGCAGCCAAAAGGACUGAGUCGUCUGGCGAAGACUGUAUUCGAAGACAGGUGCCCGAGGAAAACAAGUCAGCAGAUGAGCUGCAACUCGACCUUACUUACUACCGCACAACAGAUCAUCUGGAUAACCUACUCGAGUCACUCAGAUCAGUUCGCGACGACACGAAGCCGAAACGCUCCGUCGAUUUUAUCAUCUCCUUUGACGAAUCUCAGGAACUAUCUCGAAGACAAAUCGAUUCCAGUCCUCCAAAGUCUCUUUACGACGUCCUCUGCUCCGUCUUGAACAUCUACGUCCAUACGCCGUUCUUCAUCCUGUUUUUGUCCAGUGUGCCCCACGUCUCUCGGAAAGCCCAGCCUUCGGGUGGUCGACUGUUUAGUUCAGCUCGUUGGGUUCCGCACGUAUCACUUCAUGCACCAAUUCUCAAGAUGCCGUUCGAUUGUUCUCCCCGUCUUCCCAUCGCACCGAGGGAGCACACCCUACAAGAGAUUUCGAGAAUCGAAUUCAUGGCACAGUUUGGCCGCGCGAUCUUUUGGGCGAUGCUACACGGUCGAACAGGCCAGGAACUGAACGAUAUGUCUACUAGAGUAAUCAAUCUCGCCCGUUCAAUGUUACUGGGCCUGCCGGGAUAUCGUCCAAGGACCGCACGACUGGCCGUCGUCGAUGUUCGGCUCUGCCUCGAAUACAGCCGCCAGAAUAGUCAGCUUGCUCUUGAAACCCAGGGUGAAUUGGUCAUGCACCACAUGCGAACGAUCGAUUCAUACCCGGAACAUCAACUUUGGUUCUUAUCGGGUUUUGCGAGCGAGCCCAUCGUUGCUGAGGCUGCAACUCGAGAACUGAACGAUUGGAGACAGUCGGAAAGUGCGGUUCUGAUCAAUGUUCUGGACGAAUAUAUGGGGUCAGGCAUUUUGGAUGCCGGUGAGCGGACUAGGCUCGUAGCUCGAGCUCUGAUCACUGAGGCCUACGAUCGGGCAACUCUACGAUGCAAGAAGACCAACGAUUCGACCUUGGCUUCCGGUUGUGGAGUCAUCGACUUCGUGGAAGAGCUCUACAAAGAACAUCGUGAAAUCACCGAAUCCUUCCCUGACAAUAUCCAAAGCGGGACUCCCUUCCGAGAGGCAUUCCAGCACGCUCGACUUCGCAUCACGCACUGGGUUCGCGUCAAGGACGGGCAUGAGCUGAACACAGAGAGGAUGGCGGCGGCGUUCAUCCGAGGCUUUGCAUUUAUCUGCAGCUGUGGUUCCGACGACCCAUUCGUCGACCUCGUCGCUCCGGUUUUGCUCUGGGAUGUGAAGAUUGGAGAAUAUGCGAUGUCGGCCAUUUUCUGGACGGUCAAGCCUCGGAAGACGAGUGAAAGUCGCCAGAUCUCAGUCGAAGACUUUGGGUUUUUCCCUUCCCUCUGGAAGGCUGAUUCGCCGACGGGUUCGACUUCGACGGAGGAUAAGGCCAAGCGUCCGUAUAUCACCAUCGUUAUGGACCUCUCAAGUCCUCAGUCACUCGUCACCGACAAAGCAAGGAACGCCACCGAAUCACCAGUGUCUAUACCUCCAACGUCCGCCGUUCGGGACACCGUGUUUCAGCCAGGCGGGAGGGCCUCGCCUGUAAAACCCUCAGCGACAACUCUGCCAGCAACGGAAACUGGCCACCCUCGCUACGCAAUAUGCACAUUAGGCUGCUCCGAUACGGUCUUCGCCAUUAUCGACCCGGUGCAUCGGGAAACGUACGAGCGAAUACUCCACCAGGACAACUCCGAACUUGAAGAGCCCAUCGAACCUCCAUGCACGAGCGAGAGGCCAACUAGUCUUGUGGACGCAAAGCCAGCUUGGUCUGUUCAGUGGGAGGGUUCUGCGUGGUAUGAUAGUCCGGUUUUGAACAAGCGUUCGAUCGUAGAAGCAGGGAAGGUAGAGAGCAAUGUAUUGUAG